AUGGAACUUCAUCUUGAUGGUAUAAACAUGUCAGCACAAGGGAAUGAGUGGUGCCAAAUUAUAUCAUCUUCACUACCAAAUCUAAAAGUGUUGAGCUUGUCAAAUUGUCAUCUUUCGGGCCCUUUUCAUUCUUCCUUACUGAAGCUUCAAUCUCUAUCGAUUAUUCGUCUGGAUAAUAACAAUUUGUCUACUCCUAUGCCAGAGUUCUUUGCAAAGUUCAAAAACUUGACUUCAUUAUCUCUCACUACUUCUGGGUUGUAUGAUACAUUUCUAGAAAAUAUCUUCCAGGUACCAACACUAGAGAUUCUUGAUUUAUCUAAUAAUCCACUACUGCAUGGUUCCUUGCCUGAUUUUCCUCGUAAUAGAUCUCUUAGAAUCCUGGUGCUUAGAAAGACAAAAUUUUCAGGGACAUUGUCUGAUUCUAUUGCUAACCUUACUAUGUUGUCCAGAAUUGAUCUUUCAGGCUGCAAUUUCCAUGGAUCAAUCCCAUGCUCAAUGGCAAAUCUUACCCAAUUGCUCUAUUUGGAUAUAUCAAUGAACUAUUUCACUAGAUUAAUUCCAUCAUUCAGCAUGGCCAAGAAUCUGACCGAAAUGAACCUUUCUCACAAUCAUUAA